CUCCGCGCGCAAGGAGCCGUCCUCGGCAGCCAGAGCCCGGCCGGUGCUGCAGCGCCGCCGAGAGCGGCCUCGGAAGCGGCAGCUGCGGGAGAGACCCGGGAGGUGCUUCCCUGGCAGGGCCGAGGCAGGAGAGGGCGAGACCCCGAGCAAACUUUACAGCGGCUUCGGCCGGGGGCGGCUGCGGCUGCGGCAGCGGGCUCCGUCCGCUAGCAGACCCCGGGCCCGGGAGCUGGUGCGUCCGGCCGGGAAGAUCUGGAGCCCCAGGUGAGAGCGGAGCUAUCAUCCUCUGCCCCUCCCACUCUUCGCAGAAAGGAUCUGCUACAAGACUGAAUGUGUUCACUGCUUCGAGGACCAGGGACCACGGUGGGAUUUGCUGUGCUGCCAUCUGCAAACAGGAGGUUGGGUGCUUCCUGGUGCUAGAUCAGAAGUGUGAUUUGCGUCCGCUGAAGGUGGGAUAGUAACAUCUUUGGGGGAAAGAAAAUUGGCUUCCUUUCCUGAAAACGGUGAAUGUACAGCAGAUGGUUGCCCAGGAGGAACAGUAGUCCGAUGGAGACCCUCUAUGUUUUGUACUAGGAGACAGAAUCAGUUGUAAGAGUCCAUGUUGAUCUUGGCAGUAGAAGGAUUAAAAAAAGUUGAGUUUCCACAAAGAACAAGAACUUUACCAUCUCCUUUUUGAUCUGAAGACCGGAGGACAAUGGAUAUCAUAGAGACAGCAAAACUUGAAGAACAUAUGGAAAACCAAACCAACGAUCCUGCAAACACUUACACAAGACCUGCUGAACCUGUUGAAGAAGAGAACAAAAAUGGCAAUGGUAAACCUAAGAGUUUAUCCAAUGGGUUGCGAAAGGGCACCAAAAAGUACCCGGACUAUAUCCAAAUUGCUAUGCCCACGGAAUCGAGGAACAAAUUUCCCCUAGAGUGGUGGAAAACGGGCAUUGCCUUCGUGUACGCUCUUUUCAACCUCGUCCUGACAACCGUCAUGAUCACGGUUGUGCACGAGAGGGUCCCUCCCAAGGAGCUCAGCCCUCCACUCCCAGACAAGUUUUUUGAUUACAUAGACCGGGUGAAAUGGGCAUUUUCUGUAUCAGAAAUAAAUGGAAUUAUAUUAGUUGGAUUAUGGAUCACCCAGUGGCUAUUUCUGAGAUACAAGUCAAUAGUGGGGCGCAGAUUCUUUUUUAUCAUUGGAACUUUGUACCUAUAUCGCUGUAUCACGAUGUACGUUACUACUCUCCCUGUGCCUGGAAUGCAUUUCCAGUGUGCUCCAAAGCUCAACGGAGACUCUCAGGCAAAAGUGCAGCGGAUUCUACGGUUGAUUUCUGGUGGCGGAUUGUCCAUAACUGGGUCGCAUAUCUUGUGCGGAGACUUCCUCUUCAGCGGUCACACCGUUGUGCUGACACUUACUUAUCUGUUCAUCAAAGAAUAUUCGCCUCGUCACUUCUGGUGGUAUCACCUAAUCUGCUGGCUGCUGAGCGCUGCUGGGAUCAUCUGCAUUCUUGUAGCGCACGAACACUAUACUGUCGAUGUGAUCGUUGCUUAUUAUAUCACAACACGGCUCUUCUGGUGGUACCAUUCCAUGGCCAAUGAAAAGAACUUGAAGGUCUCUUCACAGACUAAUUUCUUGUCUCGAGCAUGGUGGUUCCCCAUCUUUUAUUUUUUUGAGAAAAACGUACAAGGCUCAAUUCCUUGCUGCUUCUCCUGGCCACUGUCCUGGCCUCCUGGCUGCUUUAAGUCGUCUUGCAAGAAGUAUUCACGGGUUCAGAAGAUCGGUGAAGAUAAUGAAAAAUCUACCUGAGGAGCAAAAACAAAGGCAUCAGCUCUUAGACCAAAAGAGUUAUCGCUGUAACCAAAGGUAUAGUUUUGUUUUUGUUUUUAUUUUAGGAGAACUGAUUGCUAAAUGAAGCAGACCAAAUUUUGUGCAAAUGAUUAGAAAGAUGAACGAAGUAUUACCCUUUGACUGGUUUUUUAUUCAUCCUGAGAAAGUUAUAUUCUCCUGCAGCUCUUCAUUCAUUGGUCACAAGCCCUCAAACUGGGAUUUUACUAAUGAGCUUGUUAAGGAGAUGCCAGAGAACAUACUGCUCCUUCCCUCAUUCUUUUUCUCCACUAAAGCUCUCUACUUCAGAAUUUUUUCAGGAAUCUUUUUCCCUCCAAGGUCAAAAGAAUUUGUUAAUGUUUUAAAUAAAAAUCUGAUAUAUACGG